AUGACUGUUGCCACAGUAGCCAUGUCAGGUAUCCCCUCCUCCUCUUCCUCAGACGACACCUGUGCUAUACGAGCACGCUUGGGUUCGGGUGCAAGUUUACGUGCAGCUGGGCGCUUGGACUGUUUUGGGGUUCCUCUGACGGCUUUGCUCUCACCUGCUCCAAAGAAAAAGAGAAAAAGAGGAAAGAGAGAGAUGCAGAAUGUCUAUAAAAGAAGCCACACUAUCAUCCUUGGUCAAGAAGGAGGCUCUACCAUCCAUGAUCAUGAUUCACUAAAGCAGAACUUUGUUGAGACGCUUCCCACAGAGAUGAGUUUGAGGAUCUUUAGCGAGUUGGACCUCAGGAGUUUGUGUCGGGCCUCACUCACCUGUAAACACUGGAAUGGCAUCAUUGAGGGCAACGAUUUCCUGUGGCGCAACCACUGUCUUACAGUGCAUGCCAUUUGUCGAAGGGAUGUGGAUGGGGACAGGCAGAACGGAUAUUCAUGGAAGGUUACCCUAUUGCGCAACUACAGGAAGGGCUGUGUAAAGAGAAGGUGGCUGAAGGGCAGAUACAGCAACAUCCACUCCGCUGAUGAGAUUCCACCCAACCAUAUGUGUCCACUAGACACAGACACGUGGGGAGAGAUACUAGAGGCAGAACUGGAGAGAUAGAACAUAGAGACUUUUGAAAUCAUGCUAAAAGACUAAUUUACAGCAACAGUAUCUACGAUGAUGCAUUAUGACUGAAACACUUGCCGGACAAAUUAUUUUAUACAAUGCUUCAUAAUUAAUGAGAAAAUGUGUGCUGACAGAUUGCACAAUAAUGUGGCUGUCGAUUGGUGUGUAAUGAAAAACUUUGGCUUCAUUACUGUAUGGGGUUUUAUAGAUAUUAAGCUCAUGGGAAAAUUUUACCGGUGGACCAUAGGGAGUUUGUUUUUUGUACAGUAGAAUAAUCUACAAAAGUUACUUUUUUAUAGAUUUUAAUAUAAGUAAUAAUUCUAUUAAUUUAUUUGAUUUGCAAUUUUUUUCUGACUUAAAACCCCGAAAUGUUAUUUUUGAAAGCUAAUAUACAGUAUUCAAUAUGUCACACUUUUUAGUCCUUUUAUCCAGGAAUUUUACAAGAGUUACAUGAAGUUUGAUUGUUUAAUUGUUACAUUUAUUUGUGCAGCAAUUUAAAAACAACUAUUUGGAACAAACCAAACUACCAAUGAACUAGCCACUCUGUGAAAUGGGUAACUGGAGUUGCAUGGAUUUACCCAUGCUCUUAUUUCAUUGAACCAUCUUUAGCAUUUUGCCAUCCCAGGCUAAAUUAUAUUAAAAUGAUUAUUAAAACACAUACAUAAUUGAAUCUACUUAAUUCUACUUAGGCUAUAAAUUGUUUUAAUAUUUAGUGGUUAGUGCAUUUAGUCAAGUACUGAAUCUUGAAGCAAGAAACACGUGCGCGACUUUUAUUCUGUUUCAGCACUUUGGACAGGGAUCGAUCCC